AUUGGGCGGAGUGCGAGAGAAUGUCAGGCAGCGAACAAGAGCGAACAACAAAGUCAGGGGCGGAGGAGCAGUCGCUGAGGGUAGCCGUAGCCAUUUCUCUUCUCCGAUCAAAGCUUCUUCAAAAGCAGCAAAAGCAGCAGCCUCCUCCUCCUCCUGUUGAUCAAUCCGACGCUCUCCGAUGGAAGCGAAAGGCUAAGGAGCGAAAGCAAGAGCUUUUGAGACUCCGACAAGAUCUCAACGAAGCUGAAGAUGCUUCGCAGUGCGACUUGUUCCCGCAAAGCGCUUCUUGCAAGUGUUAUUUCUUUGAUAAUUUGGGGAAACUAAGCCCUAAUAAGCGGCUUCCAGAUCCUUCUCAGUGCAGAUUCAAUGAUGUCUUGCGACGCAGAUUUCUCAGACAUGUACGUUUUAAGGAAAGGAGAAGAAGAAGUUGUUCAUCCCAGCGACGCCAUUUUGCAGACAUAAACAGUGAAGAUGAAAUGGAGCAGCUUAGGGCCUCAGUCGAUUUUCUUGUUGAGCUCUGUGAAACCGGUUCUCCUGUGGAGGAGACCAAUGUGGCAAAUUGGUCACACCAAGCUGCAGACUUUAUUUUAGCUUCAAUGAAGAACCUGUUAUCAGUGGCAAUGAAUGUGGAACUCAUAGAAGGAAUUAUCAGCAGCUUAAUCACGCGUUUGGUUAGAAGGAUGUGUUGCCCCUUGCAAGGAAACGCAUCAAAACACUCUGAAACUGAUGCUCAGUUUUUCGUUCAGCACUUGAUCCGAAAGCUUGGAAGUGAGCCCUACAUUGGUCAACGUGCAUUAUUCUUAGUAUCUCAGAGAAUCUCUGUUCUUGCAGAGAAUUUCCUUUUCGCAGAUCCAUUUGAUGAUGCUUUUACAAAUAUGCAUCAAUGCAUGUUCAUGCUGAUCCAGCUUACAGAGUUUUUGGUAUCCGAUUACCUAUCAGAAUGGUCAAAGGAUCAAGGUUUUGACACCAUGGUCUUCGAAGAGUGGGUAGCAUCAAUGGUUCACGCACGCAAGGCAUUACAAGUUUUGGAAAGCAGAAAUGGGGUCUAUGUGUUAUACAUGGAACGAGUCAUAGGUGAGUUGGCAAGGCAUGUGGGCCUAAAUAUGUCCCUGCACAACCUCAAACGCGAAAUUCUUGAUAGCCUGUUGUUCCACCACUGACUGCCCCCAAUUCUUCUUUCUUUCUUAUACUCUUGAGUAUGAGACUCAUUCUAAAACGAACAAAUCAUGAUUUCCGAUUCGACCGAAUUUUUGUACAUAUCUUUUUUGGGUUUCCAAAUCCUAUUUUUUAAUACAAAUACAA